CGCUUCCUCCUCGCGCCUGCGUGCUUUGACGAACGGUUGAGUUAACAGUAUUCACGCGCUUCCCCCUCUUUAAACUCUUCACCGCUUCAUAGUUUCAUGAUGUUCAACCCCUGAAGAGAAGGAAGCUGUGUGAAAGGUGUUGCAGGUGUUAUGAACAACUAUGAGGUCAUUCGUCAGAUUGGAGAGGGAGCAUUUGGGAAAGCCUUCCUGGUUCAGGAUAAAUGGAGGUGGAGGCAGACGGUGUGGUCAAGCAGAUCAACCUUAGGAAGAUGUCAGCGAGGGAGAAGGAAUCGUCGAAGAAAGAAGUGACUCUGCUGUCAAAGAUGAAACACCCAAACAUUGUCUCCUUCAUCAGCUCGUUUCAAGAGAGGGGCAGCCUGCACAUCGUGAUGGAGUACUGUGACGGAGGAGAUCUGAUGAAGAAGAUCAACACGCAGAGAGGAGUCUUCUUCACUGAGGAGCAGGUUGUCCACUGGUUCCUUCAGAUCUGCCUCGGACUCAAACACAUCCACGACAGGAAGGUCCUCCACAGAGACAUCAAAGCCCAGAAUAUCUUCCUCACCAACGGAGGGAUGAAAGCGAAGCUGGGGGACUUUGGAAUCGCAAGAAUGUUGAAUAACACCAUGGAGCUGGCCAGGACCUGUGUGGGGACGCCGUAUUAUCUCUCCCCUGAGAUCUGCGAGAGUCGACCCUACAACAACAAAACGGAUAUCUGGUCUCUGGGAUGUGUCCUGUAUGAACUCUGCACCCUGAGGCAUCCAUUCGAGGGCAGCAGUCUUCGUCAGCUGGUCAGUAAGAUCUGCAGGGGGCGCUACAACCCGGUCCCCUCCCACUACUCCUAUGAUCUACGCCUGCUGAUCACCCAACUCUUCAAGGUGAGCCCUCGGGACCGUCCCUCCGUCAGCUCCGUCCUCAGGCGUCCCUUCCUGGAGAAAAACAUCAGCAAACACCUGGACCCUCAGCUGAUGCAGGAGGAGUUCAGCCACACGGUGCUGCAUCAACACAAAGCAGCAGCAGCGAGCAAGGACGCUAAAAAGAGAGCAACAAACACAGCAGAGAAGAUCCAGAAGUCCAGACCUGCAGAGAGACCAGCUGUGAAGAGACUUCCUGUGAAACCAGAGUGGAGAGUUCCCCUCAGAGUGUACAGCCCGGCUCCCUACAGACUCCUUCAUCAGAGAGCAGCACCUGCAGCUGCAGACCGAGAGGAGCUCAGGUUAAAGGAGCAGCAGCCGUUCAGUCACUAUCAGCACUAUCACGCUCAGCUGGACGCCUUACAGAGGAGGGAGAGGGAGGACCUCCUUCCUCCUCCUCCUCUUCUUCAUCCCUCUCAGGACAGAGAGACGGAGCAGCAUGAAGCUCCCUCUGUGGAGCCGUACCAGAUUGUGGCUGCAGCUCGUCAUGAGUACCUGCAGAGGAGACACGAGGCCAACCAGUACAAGCUGAGAGCAGAGAAACAGCUGGGUCUACGUCCGUGCACGGCUGAGAGAGUCAGGAGGCCCAGAGGUCAGGAACGUGAAGGUGGACGACCUGAGACCCAGCAUGCAGCGCAGGACAGGAGAGAGGCGGGACAACAGUGUGUGUGUGUGCAGGCAUACCUCCGUCAGCUGGACCUCAUCAGGCAGCAGUAUCAGCAGGACAUGAGACAGAUGAGGCAGCGAGCCGAGGCAGAGGUUCAGCCGGCACACAAAAAUGAGACCUUCGUGGUGGACAAACCCAGAGACUCUGACCCGUCUGCAGAGAGUAAGGAGCAGCAGGAAGCCUCACCUGAACAGAACGUAGAAGACGCUCUGAAGCAGAUCAGAGACGAGAGGAGAGAGGGGAGGAGACACAGAGACAAGAAAGGAAUCAUGUUUGAGAUCCGGUUAGAUGAUGGAGGGAUGAAAGAGGAUGCAGAGGAGGUGAAAGAGGAGAAGACAGAAGGAGAAGACAGGGAAGUGGACCCUCUGCAUCAGACCCUGAGCUUCCAGCAGGGAGACGACUUGAAGAUCAGGGAUUGGUCGGAGGAGGCGAGGAGGGGGUGGAGCCAAAGGACUCCUCGGACUCUGCUAGAAGCACUAGGGAACAUGGACGUUAACUCAGGCUGCGACACUGCUGUGGAGGCGGAGGCAGGUGAGGAGGAGGAAGGUCGGCGGCACUGGGUUGACGCCGCCCCCAAUACCCUGCUGAACGCUCUGGCUGAAGCUAAGCUCACCUCCUCCACUCUGGACUCAGGUGUGGAGCCGGUGAAGGAUGGAGCAGAGGAGGACGAGAAGGAGAGAAGAGAGAAAGGAGAGGAAGAGGAAGAUGAGUCUGACGUGGAGAUGGAUGAGGACCGUCUGGAACCGAGGUCAGACGAUGACGACACAAACUUUGAGGAGUCGGAGGACGAGCUGAGAGAGGCCGUGGCAGACUCCAUGAAGAACCUGUUUGUGAUGGACAGCAGCUCGGAAGAGGAGGAGAGAGAAGAGAGAGAACAGGUGGAGGAGGGGAUGGAGGAAAGGAGAGCAGGAGGUGAUACAGAUCCUCAACACGUUCACCUUGAAAGUGAUGAGUCAGCCACAGACACUGCUGAACGGACUCAGGUCUUUUCACCUGAACCUGAAAGAACAGGACGGUCAGUCUGAGCGAUCAGACGAACCUUUAACUUCACAACAUCAAGCUAGCUGAGAACUAUAACUGGAGCGUCUCUGAACUCUCUCUUUAACUCAAACUAAUCUGCACUGAGAGUCUUAUAACACAAGAAGCCUAAAUACCUCUUUAACACGACAAAUGUUUGAUUAAUAAGAGAAGAAUGAAAUCAGGACACUUUU